CAGCCGGACAGAAAGAGACAAAACGCUCUGAAUAAUUCAGAUGUGCUGCAGCCGAGGGCCAGACUUCAAAUCUCACUUCAAACCAUCUGUUUGUGUCCUGCUCAGACAACAACGACUACAAGUGUUAAGUGUGGGUCGGUUCUUCGGGGAGGUGGACGGGUCCACGAUGGCGUCGCUGAUCAAGAUGGGGAUGUUCAAAAAAGUGUCGUUGUUCGACUACCAGGCGAUGUGUAGGAGCGGCCAUCACCACGGCAACAGCGCCCGGCCUCUGCUCAGCCCGUUCUACGCUGUCGCUGCGAUCCUCCGCUGGAUCCUCUCCAACGCUCUCAUGUUCCUGCUGGAGUUUAACUUCUGCGGCCUCUGGCAUUCUGACUACUUUGUGGACGCCAAGGCCGGCUAUCAUACAAGUCACAAGACGAAGAAGGUGGACGCGCUGCAGCCCUGCGACACGGCGUACCCCGGCUUCAUGUACGACUCGUCGGUCAGAGAGGCAAACAGCCUGAUCAAGUGUGGACGCUGCCAGAAGAUGUUCGUGGUGCAGCAGAUCCCUGACAGUAAUCUGAUUCUGGUCGUGGCUCAGGCGGACUGCGACUGCUCCCGUCAGUACGGACCCAUCCUGCUGGAGCCCAAAGAGAUCAAAUAUAACGCCACAGUGAAGUGCAACAGGAUGAAGUCCCAGAAGGUGAGGAGGAGACCGGAGUCCUGCCACGCGUACCACCCCAAGGAAGAUGCUAAGGAGUGCGGCGGCGCGGCGGCCAUCUUCCCGUCCCUCUGCAUCCUGUCGUCUUCUCUGCUCGCAUCAACGCUGCUCCGCCAUUGGACGUAAACGGACCAAUCAGGAAGCAGGAUAACCAGCAGGUAGCCGGAGGAACGUUUUCACUUUCCUCCAGAGACAACGGGACUCAUUGGAUUUAAAGGGCUUUUCCUGAACUAUGAACUAAAGAGGAACAAGGAGGCGUCACUCUGAUGGAAAUCUGACAGACGGACAUGCAGCUUGCUUUACACUCAAAGAAUGUAUUAUCUGUGUAGCUUUUUUGAUACAGAAAUAUUGUACACAAAAUAGACUUUUACAUUCAAAACAUUAACUUCUUUUUCCAUGAGGUCAACAGGACACUCAGAGGCCACCGCAGUUAUUCAUACGAAAUGAUUUAGUCGAAAGCAGACGUGUUUUUGUGAAUGAAUCUCCUGAAUGUAUCCUCAGAUUAAGCGCAGCACUUCCAGAAGAUUUAAUACAAAACACACUUUUAGAUUUUUAUAAAACGCAUCAGCCACGUGUCACGCUUUCAAGAGAUAAAUGAAAGAAUGCUCUUGACUUUCAACGGGAAGAAGAAAGACAUUUCCAGACUGUUUUUGUAAUUAAAAAAUAAGUCUGAUGAACCUGAAUCUGGUUUGAAACUUACAUUUAACGACAUUUGUAUUUAUUGGUGAUUUAUAACCUGUGGUGUUGUGGGGAUUUUGUUUUACUGGGUGGACGCUAUUUUAAUUAGGUCUUCCCAAACAAUGCCACACGCGCGCAGUGCACUCACGAAACGGGCGGGAUCUUGUCUGCAAACCGCUUCGGGCAUUAUUCCACACACACACACACACACACACACUUCAAAUCAAGUUGCAUAAAUGCUUGAGCUACGUCAUUGCAAAUAAGCAGACAGCGCGGCUUCUCUCCCUCUCCCUCUGAUAACGCUGGCAAUGAUUUUAUAUUUUAGACUAUUCACACAAAAAUCAUGCUUCAAAAAAGCAGGGCCCCAAAUAAGUGGGGGAACGGCCAACGACCACUACACACUGCUCAUAACUGCGGUUUCAACACAAUUGAAAUGAGUGUUUCAUGGUGUGUGCCGCAGGGUGACAUUACACCAUGAGAGACAGUCGUUUAAAUGCAGUGGCUACAUGUAACGCAGAGCACGUGGGUGUAACUGGGUGUUUCAGACUCCAGUGGUUUCACAUCUUUUCUGUCACAUUUCUGCUAAUAAGUAUGAAUUGUUAAUGAUCCAUAAAUGCAGUUUUUGGGUAUAAAAGUGAAUUAAAUAUGGUGAUUAAACAUGCUGGAAUGAUUACACUUUAUAACAAACCCUCUUUGUAAAAGGUAAAGAUUUGUUGUGGGUUUUUAAGUUAUUUUAAAUUAGUUUUUUUAAAGAAAUGUAUGGGUUUUAUAACCUGGUGUUAUUCUCUUAAUUGUGUCAUUGUGAGAAUCAGGAAACGUGUCUCCCAUUAGCUCCAUGUGGAAAACACCACAUUCAUUUCGAUUUACUUUGUUUCUCUCUGCAGAAAAGUACAUGUGUAUUAAUAUUGCAGCUCCUACAUUUUAAAACUGUACUCUGUCAGAUUUUGAUAUAAAGAAUAUUUAUUGUUCAGCUCUCUUUGUGUUUCCUGAUGUUUCACAUUUUACAGAUUUAAUACAUUUAUACAGAAAUGUCCCCGUUUCUAUCAUA